UCACUCACUCACUCACUCGCUCUCCAAUGCUCCAUUACACUCUCACUCCCUUCUUCACCCUCUCAUAAACACAAAACAUGAAGAGACCCUUUUCAUCUUUACCAUCUUCUUCUACCCCAACCCCACUCACAAACUCUCCUCACAAACCUUUCAGCUUCAUCAACCCACCAAAACCCUCCAACCCCAUUCACAGAAAACCUCAAAUUCCAACACUUUCUCGCAAAGCUCCACCUUCUUCAUCUUCCACACCCAUCGACCACCCACACAUUUCACAGAUUCUGUCCAGAACCGACUGGGUCCUGCUACUACAACACGAGCUGCUAUCAAACAGGGAAUUUCUCAAUCCUCGUUCCCUUGUCAGCAUCUUUCAAAACCAAGAAAACCCAUUACACUCUGUCAAGAUCUACUCGUGGGUUUCGAGUGUCGACCCUGAAUUGGCAAAGGACAUUUCGGUUCAGCGUGUGUUGGGGAACACGUUGUGUAGGAAAGGUCCUGUUGUGCUGUCUGUUGAGUUUCUUAAGGAUGUUCAGAAAUCGGGUUGUAGGGUCACUGAGGAUUUGCUUUGUGUGUUGAUGGGAAGCUGGGGUAGGCUUGGUUUGGCUAAAUAUUGUGCUGAUGUUUUUGGUCAGAUUUCAUUCUUGAAUCUUAGUCCAAGUACCAGGUUGUAUAAUGCUCUUAUUGAUGCUUUGGUGAAGUCGAAUUCAAUCGAUUCGGCGUAUCUGAAAUUCCAACAGAUGAUGGGGGACAAUUGUUGUCCUGAUAGGAUUACAUACAAUAUCCUGAUUCAUGGAGUUUGUAAAGUCGGUGUGGUUGAUGAGGCUCUUCGUUUGAUUAGGCAAAUGAAGGAUAGGGGGCAUUUUCCUAAUGUUUUCACAUAUACAAUGCUAAUUGAUGGAUUUUGCAAUGCUAAGAGGGUUGAUGAAGCUUUUGGCGUUUUGGAAAAAAUGAAGGAGAGUAAGGUUUAUCCAAAUGAAGCCACUGUUAGAACAUUAGUUCAUGGGGUUUUCCGUUGCGCAGGUCCAAGUAAGGCACUUGAGUUAUUAUUAUCCAAGUUUUUAGACACCGAGCAUAUCCAUUUUAAGUUAGCUUGUGAUACCAUACUGUUUUGCCUUGCAAAUAGUUCUAUGGCAAAAGAAAUCAUUAUCUUUUUGAGAAAAGUCCUAGCAAGAGGUUAUGCUCCUAAUAAUUCCAUUUUCAAUGUUAUAAUGGCUUGUUUGGUUAAGGGAGCAGAGGUGAAAGAGACAUGUGAUGUGUUUGAAAAUUUCAGAAAAAGAGGUGUGAAGCCAGCCAUUGGUACUUAUCUUGCACUUAUUGAAGCAUUGUACAAGGAUGAACGGAGGGAGGAAGGGGAUCGAAUUUCCAACCAAAUGUUUAGUGAUGGACUAAUAUCAAAUAUAUUUUCAUAUAACAUGAUAAUUAGUUGCUUCUGCAGAGCCAAACUGGUGGAUAAAGCAUCUGAUGUUUUCAAAGACAUGCAGCUUAGAGGAUUCACUCCCAACCUUGUUACUUUCAAUACCCUUAUUGGUGGACAUUGCAAGGAUGGAACAAUAAUUAAGGCACGGGAGCUGCUGGUGAUGCUUUUAGAGAAUGGCCUUAAACCUGAUAUCUUCACUUUUAGUUCUAUCAUUGAUGGUCUCUGUCGAAGAAAGAUGACUGAGGAAGCUUUUGAAUGCUUUACUGAGAUGAUUGAAUGGGGGGUCAAUCCAAAUGCUAUUAUUUACAAUAUCUUGAUUCGGUCUUUAUGCGCAAUUGGGGAUGUUGUGAGAUCAGUGAAACUUUUAAGAAGAAUGCAAAAGGAAGGAAUAAGCCCUGAUAAUUACUCUUAUAAUGCUUUGAUUCAAAUUUUCUGUAGGAUGAAUAAGAUUGAGAAAGCUAAAAAGCUUUUUGAUUCAAUGUCAAGAUCUGGCUUGAAUCCAGACAAUUACACGUAUAGUGCUUUUAUAGAGGCACUGUCUGAAUGUGGCAGAAUAGAGGAAGCUAAGAAGAUGUUUUACUCAAUGGAGGCAAAUGGCUGCUCUCCUGAUUCAUAUAUAUGUAACUUUAUUAUUAAAACAUUGGUUCGGCAAGACUGUAUUGAUGAGGCCCAAAAUAUUGUUGAAAGAUGCAAACAGAGGGGAAUAUCUUUGACGUCUAUUCCUAAUUUGUAGAUUGGUUUUCUACAAGUUUCUGGAAAGCUUCCUGCUAAUUCAUCGAGAUUUCUGCAGACUGCGGAGGAUACUGAUACAGGAUAAAGCUUGAGUAUGCCCAAUUUCUUGCCUCAAUAGUUCAACUCCUUUUAUUGUUUGGCGAGUUGCAAAUACAAUGAUCAUCUGAUCCCUGAGAGUUAUAACUGUGUCUUGUGAACAAUAUUUGAGUUGAGAUGGUCAUGACAUGAGAUGCCAUCCUUGUGCAAUAAGAAGAGCUAACAAACAUAUCGUGGAAAGCUCAUGGCUGCACUUAGGAAGCAUUGUAUCAUCAACCAUUAUUAUGCAGGAUUGUCAAUGUGGAUUUGAACUAUAAUGAACAAAGGAGGUUUUUGUUCUUCCACUCAGGAAAUAUUAUGUGUACCUUAAGGUGGCAUAAUUUCUGGUGCUACAGAGCCUUCAGAUCAGGUGUUGUCAAAGUCUUGAUCUGUUUCAUGAUAGACGAGAGAAAUAAAUCUAUCUCAAACCGCUUUGCAUAAGAUCAAUGUAAAUUUAAUGUACUGUGAGAAGUCUGUGCCUGCUAUCUUGGCAUCCAAUCUGUAUCAAUUUGGACCAAUGCUUUGAUUUACAUCUGUUGGGAAGAAACUUGCAGAUCAAAGUUAACUUAAUGUACCUUUGAAAGUCGAAUCUAUGCUUACUAAAUGGUGUCUGACCAAUCAAGCUUGAUGCUAGGCUUAAUCUUAGGGACCAACUUGACCUCUUACUGGAAUGUUUAUACAGGAUGCAGAAAAGACCUGGCAAUAGCUGGCUUAAGAUUUAUUUCAUGAAAACAGCAACCUGGUUCUGUAAAGCUCUCACUACACGCGAAGUCUAGUGAAAGAUCAAACCAUGAAUUGAGUUCAAGGAUUAUGGUUUGGGGUUGAAAUUUCAAUUGCUAAACACUUGUAUCAAGGAUUUUUUUUAUCAUGUAAUUAACAUCAAGCAAUGCUCUUUUGAUAGAGUUUGAGCUUCUCCGCUAUUCAGUUAUUUGGUGAUUAGAAAUUUGUGAUGAAGUUAAUAGACAUUGUAAACUUCUGAUUAUGAAAUGAACAGAGCAAUGACGAGAGAUUGAUAAGUUAAUAAAAUAUCAGUCAAUCAGAA